CUUAAGCUGGGCGGAGAAAAAAACUCGCGAGCACACUUCCACUCUGUUUCUACCACUUCGGCGAGAUAGAGUUGCAUAUGUUAGUGCAAUAUGAGUAGAAGAUGUGCCAAAACCUAAACGGAAUUAACCAUAAAACAUAAUUAGGCCUACAGCGUGUUAUGUUAUUGUAGCCUAAUUUGCCGUUUCCAUCUCUAUGCGCUGUUAAAUCCGGUUUAAUAGGGAUUGCUGCAGUUUAUUUGUUUGCAGUUGUGAGAUAAAAGCUCGACUUCUUCUGCCUUUAUUGAUAGGGGUUUCAUUUCUGUUUUUCUGUAGUUGUCAAAGCGGAAUGAAUGACAAAGACAAAGGCGGAUGUUAAUUCGCCAACUCACUUUGUCUCGCCGAAGGAAAGGAGACACAGGCACAAAAUGGAAAGCGGGACGGAGAGCGCCAACAGCGGGCAGGCGAAGCCUCAACAACAGCACCAGUUCGAGCAACAGCCCGUAGUGCAGCCCAUUCAAGUCAACGCAAAGAAAAAAAAUAAUCGGGCUCCAUCACCCGCCAGACCCAAGGAUGUGCCUGGAUGGUCCCUCACCAAGAUCCGUGGAGGAAUCGGUACACCAACACUGAGCGUUAAACCAGGAUCCAUACAUUUAGGCAGCCGGGUGUCCAGGCGUAGUCCGGUUAGCGGGAAAGAGACGAAAUCUGAGAAAGGAAAAUUGACGGGAAAAUCCACGGUAUCGGUAGCCAGUGCCCAGAAGAGCAGCAGUAAAUCGAUGAAAGGUGGUCGGAGGAAGGUGUCCGAUGCGAGCAACGCCUCCGACGACCAGAGCAAAGACUCCGGUUGCGCUGCGGGCAAACGUUCGUCAACGGAUAGUAGUUCCGAGCUCUCGGAUUGUGCCUCGGAGGAGAAUAAACUAUCCACGGACGCUCUGAGUAGUGACACCGAAUCCAACAGCCGAGGCGGGGUUCUUGAUGGCGAUAAACCAAGCAGUGACUUCGGACAUGGGCCACCGGAUAGGGGUAGUCGUGGUGACCAUCACGCCAAGACCCCAGUGGAUAAGGACCGAAUCUCCCUGGGAGUGGAGACCGUAGGGGGGAGCAUUUCUCCCGGGGAUGAACGGUCUCUCACCUCGUUCGACAGCCGGGUGCCUGCCAGCACAUCCCUAGCUUUCUCCGACCUGACGGAAGAGUUCAUGGAUGGCAUGCAUGAAGAAUUUGUCAGAGAAAUCGAGGAACUGAGAUCAGAGAACGAUUACCUAAAAGAUGAGAUGGAGGAGCUGCGCUCUGAGAUGUUGGAGAUGAGGGAUAUGUACAUGGAGGAGGAUGUGUACCAGCUGCAGGAGCUGAGGCAACAGUUUGAGCAGGCCAACAAGACCUGCCGCAUCCUGCAGUACCGCCUCCGCAAGGCCGAGAGACGCAGCCUCCGCGUGGCCCAGACGGGACAGGUAGACGGGGAACUCAUCCGGACCCUGGAGCAGGACGUCAAGGUGGCUAAAGACGUGUCCAUCCGGCUGCACAACGAGUUGGACUCUGUGGAGAAGAAGAGGGGUCGUCUGGAGCAGGAGAACGAGGAGCUGAGGGUCAGGCUCCAGGACCUAGAGGUGGCCAAGCAGGUCCUGCAGGCUGAGAUGGAGAAGCAACGAGAGAACUCUCUGAAGAAGAGAGGCGGUCGGCCAAACAACAAGCCAGAGAAGAAGCCAUCUGUCCAGCAGGAGGACAACUCUGACCUCAAGUGCCAGCUCCAUUUUGCCAAGGAGGAGUCCGUUCUCAUGUGCAAGAAGCUGACCAAGAUGGCCAAGGACAGCGAGGCCAUGCGGGAGGAGCUGGCCAAGUACCGCUCGGUCUACGGCGAUGUGGACGCCUCACUCACCGUGGAGGAGGUCAACGACUCACCCCACACCCGUGAGGCCGAGGUUAGAGUUCACCUGAAGCUGGUGGAGGAGGAAGCCAACCUGCUGAGCCGGCGCAUCGUGGAACUAGAGGUGGAGAACCGUGGCCUACGGGCCGAGAUGGACGACAUGAAGGGCCAGGAGCUGCCUCCAGGGCUGGGGCUGGGAGGCAUGGGAGGCCCUGGAGGAGGAGGUCUGGAUAACGUGAUGGAGCUCCAGAGGCACCUGCAGUUUGUGGAGGAGGAAGCGGAGCUGCUACGGCGCUCGCUGCUGGAGAUGGAGGAGCAGAACAAGCUGCUGAUGAAUGAGAUCAACCGCUACAAGUCGGAGCUGCCGCUGACGUUGGACCCAAACCAGGAUGACUCCUCGUCCAUCUCUCUCCUGGAGGAUGGUCAUGGUGGGGGAGCUCUCAUCAGCACCGAGGCCCCCCAUGAGGAGCUGCUGCAGGCCGCCAGGCUCCAGAUCGGGGAGCUGAGCGGCAAAGUGAAGAAGCUCCAGUACGAGAACCGUGUGUUGCUGUCCAACCUGCAGCGCUGCGACCUGGCCUCCUACCACAGCUCUUCUAGGCCCGCCCUGGAGACCGACGCUGAGGCAGGGGACUCGGCCGAGUGCCUCCCCAGCCAAGCGUGCCGGGAAGGCCCCAUCGGAGGGGAGAACAAGCCCCUGGAGGAGAAGGAGAAGAAGACGUCCACGGGGGUUCCCAUUCACCUGCACGGUAACGUCCCCCUGGGGCUGAAUGACCAUGAGGCCCUGCUGGCCAUGAGGGACCAGGCCCGCCUCAUCUCUACAGCCAUACAGCUGCUGACCGCUUCCGAUUCCAACUGCCCCUCCCUCUCCCUCUACCGCAAGACCUCCUCCAACUCCUCCGGGGAGACUGCAGAGCCCUGUGUCCCAGAGAAGAGCCAGCAGUCCCAACCCUCAGAGCUCCAGGACCUGCCCCUGGUGGAGGCUCUGAUGGGCAGGCUGAGAGCACUGCACACCCAGCUCCAGGCCUUCGUGAAGCGAGUGGAGAGCCUUGGCAGCGCCCCUCCUGGGAGGGAGCAGGUGGAGGUGGCAUCACCCCUGCCUCUACUGUCCGAAGCUGGAGACUUGGAUACGCCCUCUGCCUCACACCGAUGCCCUCCAGACGACCAGGCGGGUGAGAUCACUGCAGGGCAGAAGCAGCCCGACUUUAGGGACCAAUCAGAGCGCGAAGUGAAAGGUCAGGAGGAGGAGGAGGGUGACAGCCACAUUGACAACAACAAGAACCAGGUUAAACAGGAGACGGACACAGCCCUGCAGAUCAGUGAGCUGCAGGCCCUUCUGUUGGAGGCGAGGGACAAUGCUUGCAGGACGCAGGAGGAACUGACUGUGGAGAGGCAGGAGGAACGGACUGUGGAGAGGCAGGAGGAACGGACUGUGGAGAGGCAGGAGGAACGGACUGUGGAGAGGCAGGAGGAACGGACUGUGGAGAGGCAGGAGGAACUGACUGUGGAGAGGCAGGAGGAACUGACUGUGGAGAGGCGGGAUCACAGAGGCCCCACCCACAGCAGCUCACAGACAUUAACACAGCUGCAGGAGCAGCACCAGAAGGCCCUGACAAGAAGGGACUUCCAGCUACAGAGUCUGAGUCUGCAGACGCGGUUGCAGCAGAAGUUCUGGAGCCAAGAGAGGAACCUGAUGUUGCAGGAGUCCCAGCAGCUCAAGCAGACCCUGCUGCUGCUCAGCCUCAAGCUGCGUUGCUUCCUCAAACAGUGGCGGCUGGGACGCAAGCUGGACACGGAGGCCAAGGAUGUCCUGGAGGUGAACAGCCUGAAGGACCUGUACCUGCUGUUGGAGGAGGAGAGUCUGGCCGCCCACCCCCAACAGGGAGACAACAAGAUUACCUCCACAGAGGAGCAGCACCUCUGCCCCACCAUCUCCAAGGAGCUCUGUGUGCUGGAGAAGAGCUACACACAGAUGAGCGGCGUGAGCAGCACACUGGCGGACCUGAAGGGAGCGCUCCAGGAUCUGAGCGGAGAGCUGCGAGAGGAGCGCCAGGGCUCUCAGGAACUGACCCAGCAGUUUGCCCGCGCUAAGGCCUCCUGGGAGGUGGAGAGGACAGAGCUCAAGAGCCUCAUUACCCAGCUGGAGAGCAAGGCGGGCUUGGCUGCCCUGGCCGGGGGGGAGAAGGACCUCCAAGGACCUCCCGACCUGAAGGUGGCACUGAGGAGGGAGCGUGAGGAGCACCAGCACCUCCUGGCCGACUCAUAUGCCGCCGUCAUGGACCUGACCAAGCAGCUGCAGAUGGGCGAGAGGAACUGGAACCGUGAGAAGCUGGAGCUCAUAGAGCGUUUCAGUCAGGAGAGGGGCCAGUGGGAGCAGAGGCUACAGUGCAAGAUGUCUCUGCACUACAAAACCACCCCUGAAACAAAAACUGCACUGGACGUUGUUACAAAUGGAACCAAUUUAUCAAGGACCAAGUCCAUCCCGUCCAUGUUGGAGGGUCUGCUGGAGGCCUGUCCUUUCCGUCAGGAGGUCAAUGGUACAGCCAAUGAGGAGGGAGAGAAGGACCAGCCCAGCACCCAGGCCCCUCCCCUUCUAACCCACACAGACCCGGGUGACCUCACCAGGAAGAACUGGAAGUACCUGACCAAUGAGAUGGCUCUGAUGGAGCAGGGUGAUGCCCCCUUCAAGACGUGGGACUGUCCCAGCUCCCCAAGCAGUUUCCUGGACCUGGAGAGCAUCCAGAGGAGCUACACAGCCCCCGACAAGACUGGCAUCCGCAUCUACUACAGCCCCCCUACCAUGCGCCGUAUGGAGAGCCGGCUGGCCAAGGAGAAGCAGGAUAAACCUCAAGCCCAGCAAGGCCACCUGUCUCGGGCUUCAACUCCCUCAGACGCUGUGGCCCUGGAGGGCCAACCUCCCUCCUCCUCCUCCUCCUCCUCUUCGUCCUAUGACCAGUGGUUGAGCUCUCUGUCCAAGCAGCACAGGGACCUUCUAGAGAACAGCAGCGGUGGCGCGGGGGUGGCGCCCUUCCACGGCCUGGAGAUCUCUGCCAACCUCUCGGACGACAUGAAGGAGAUGACCAACUGCGUGCGCCAGGCCAUCCGCUCCAGCUCUCUUGAGAGGAAUUGCAGCAAGGAUGCGAGCAGCCAGACGGUGGGGGUGUCUAGUCGCUCCACCCAGACGGUCCAGUUUGUGAGCGUGGGGCUGCAGACGGACGGGCUCGGGUCUCGGGGGGUGGGGGGCUUCCACACCAAAUCCUCCUGGUCCCCCCGGCCCUCGUCGUCGCUGGCCUCGGCCUCGGCCCGCUCGCGCCACAUCUCCUCAUCACUGGAUAAGGUGCACAGCCGCAUCGACAGGCCCUGUUGCUCACCCAAGUUCGGCUCCCCCAAGCUACAGCGACGCAUUUCUGCCUCCUCCUCCAAGCUGGACGGAGGAGGAUUGUCCUCGGCUUCAUCCAGAGACCGCAGCCUGUGGAACCUCCACCAGCGGUCCUCGACCUCCAGCGGCUCGGCCUGGGCCCGUUCCACCACCACCAGGGACAGCCCCGUGCUCAGCGGCCUCAACGAUGGCCUGUCCAGCCUGUUCAGCGUGGUGGAACACUCCGGCAGCGUAGAGUCCCUGUGGAAGAGUGAGCCAGGGGCCAGCCCAGCCCGCCAGGCAGCAGGGAAGCCCUCUGGCCCUGGACCAGACACCGGAGCCCAGAAAUAUGGCCCUUUCCAGGAGUUUUUCAGGAACGUGUGCGGCCGGACCGGAACGACCAUGCCCGGGGGAGGGGAGAGGGGGCAGAGGGAGGUGGGGGCCAUGGAUGAGCCCAAGCCUGAGUGCCUCUCUGGGGUUUCGCUGGUGGGGAACGACAGCGUCACCAAGAUCGUCAACAAGAGGUUCAUGAGACAGAUGCCCAGGGAGGAGUUGGGGGCCACUGCUAACGAUCUCACUGCCAGGGACCUGACCUUGAGCUCCAGCAUGGAGGAUGCAGCGUGUGAUUGCAACUCCCAGUCUCUUACAUCCUGCUUCGCCCGGCCCUCCCGCUCAGCCACACGCCAUUCACUGGGCCACUGCAUGCACCGCUCUCAGGAGCCUCCCACGGCAACGGAGGAGAGAGUGGAUGCAGGCAAUGAGUGAUGGAUCAGUGAGAACACACACACACAUACUGCCUCACCAACACACUGCCACAUAAGCUACAGUACUGUCACAAAACGUAGACACAAACAUCUUGGCUACACCAACACACUGCUACAUACAUACUGUACAUACACACAAUCCCUCACAAACUGCCACACAGAACCACUGUCACAUGCACACACUCACACACACACACACACACACACUUCUGGAAUUGGAACUCAACCCAAGCAGCACAUUCUAAUGCCAAGGAUAUAGGAAGACCAGAAUCUCCUAGGAUUCCUCUUUGAGCACCAGAACCACUACCAACUACCAGCAGGACAACAACCUCACACACAACACACAUACUGGAACAGUAAUGACACACUACUUCCUAUAUACUGCAGUAUUUAGGGAAUAGGGUGCUAUUUUGCACACAAACAGUUUGUGGAAACGACCACCUAGGAAUUCAGACAGUCUUAUAUGAUGUCAGAACCCACAACACUCUACUUGACCUAUUUUUGGAAUUGCAUAGGGAAAACACACUGGGCUACUAGAUUUCUACAAUGUGGAUCUUCCUAACCGACAGGGAUAUGAGGUGGUUUGUUAGCUGCUCCCAUUCCAAAUACCAAAUCCUAUUCCCAGUCCAAUUCCCUAGCCAGCACCAGUCCCUUCCCAACCCAGCAUCUGGAGAGCUCUGUCCAAGCCUCCUCCCUAACACCAAGCAGAGGAUUCUACUGGUGUGGACCGCCUCUCGCCAUUAUCAACCAACAACCAUUAAAAAAACAUCUCAUCAACGUAUGUUCAUUUUUUUAUGUCAACUGCCUCCCUGUUGUUUUUCUGAAAGACUUUCAUCCAAUGAAGGGGUAGGACAUUUACGUCCUUAUGUUACGUAUGAUAUGAUGAUUCUAUGUUUUCUAAAGGUUGUUUGAAUGUUUAUAAUCUGCCUGUUGUUGGCACACAUUGAUAGGAUGGUGGUUAAGACUCUGAGACCCUAUGAGUUUUGUCUCUUGUGUACUUAUACUGUAGGAUGUGGAUGUAUAAGAGGAUCCCAGCUGUAAAGAUAACUCCCUGCCAGGAAAAAACACAAACUUGUCCCAUUUUGAGAGACAAUGCAUUCCUUUGUUACGUUACAAUUCCAAUUACACUCUGGCUAAUCUGUUAAAGUGUGAGUGUGUGUGCGUGCACGGUGUGUUUGUGAGUGACAGAAUGCUCAUUCUAGAAUGCCUUUGCAGCAUUCCCAUAUAGUGAUGGCUGUUGUUGUUGCACAGUGUUUCUGCUUCAUCCUCAGCCAUCGACUGUCUGUGUUCCUGACCUCUUGUCUACUGCUUUAAAUGUAACAGGACACAAUGUCCUCUACAGAAGGUUAGCUCCUUCCUUUUCUCUGAAGUCUUGAGAUAUUGUUCAGUACCAGUCAAAGGUUUGGACACGCUACUCUUUCAAGGGUUUUUCUUUAUUUUUACUAUUUUCUACAUUGUAGAGUAAUAGUGAAGACAUCAAAAGUAUGCAAUAACACAAAUGGAAUCAUGUAGUAACCAAAAAAGUGUUAUACAAAUCAAAAUAUAUUUUAGAUUCUUCAAAGUAGCCACCCUUUGCCUUGACAGCUUUGCACACUCCUUGCAUUCUCUCAACCAGCUUAAUGAGGAAUGCUUUUCCAACAGUCUGGAAAGAGUUCCUACAUAUUCUGAGUGCUUGUUAGCUGCUUUUCCUUCAUUCUGCAGUCCAACUCAUUCAGAACCAUCUCAAUUGAGUUGAGGUCGGGUGAUUGUGGAGGCCAGGUCAUCUGAUACAGCACUCCAUCACACUCCUUCUUGGCCCUUAAACAGCCUGGAGGUGUAUUGGGUCAUUGUCCUGUUGAAAAACAAAUGAUAGUCCCAAUAAGCACAAACCAGAUGGGAUGGCGUAUUGCUGCAGAAUGCUGUGGUAGCCAUGCUGGUUAAGUGUGCCUUGAAUUCUAAAUAAAUCACACAGUGUCACCAGCAAAGCACCAUCACACCUCCUCCUCCAUGCUUCACGGUGGGAACCACACAUGUGGAGAUCAUAUGUUCACCUACUAUGCGUCUCACAAAGACAAGGAGGUUGGAACCAAAAAUCUCAAAGUUUGACUCAUCAGACCAAAGUACAAGUUUCCACCAGUCUAAUGUCCAAUGCUCGUGUUUCUUGGCCCAAGCAAAUCUCUUAUUUUUAUUGGUGUCCUUUAAUAGUGGUUUCUUUGCAGCAAUUCGACCAUGAAGGCCUGAUUCACGCAGUCUCCUCUGAACAGUUGAUGUUGAGAUGUGUCUGUUACUUGAACUCUGUGAAACAAUUAUUUGGGCUGCAAUCAGAGGUGCAGUUAGCUCUAAUGAACUUAUCCUCUGCAGCAGAGGUAACUCUGGGUCUUCCUUUCCUGUGGCGGUCCUCAUGAGAGCCAGUUUCAUCAUAGCGCUUGAUGGUUUUUGCGACUGCACUUGAAGAAAUGUUCAAAGUUCUUGAAAUGUUCUGCAUUGACUGACCUUCAUGUCUUAAAGUAAUGAUGGCCUGUUGUUUCUCUUUGCUUAUUUGAGCUGUUCUUGCCAUAAUAUGGACUUGGUAUUUUACCAAAUAGGUCUAUCUUCUAUAUACCACCCCUACCUUGUCACAACACAACUGAUUGGCUCAAACGCAUUAAGAAGGAAAGAAAUUCUACAAAUGAACUUUUAGCAAGGCACACCUGUUAAUUGAAAUGCAUUCCAGGUGACUACCCAAUGAAGCUGGUUGAGAGAAUGACAAAAGUGAGCAAAGCUGUCAAGGCAAAUGGUGGCUAUUUUGAAGAAUCUCAAAUUUAAAAUAAAAUUUGAUUUGUUUAACACUUUUGUGGUUAUUACAUGAUUCCAUAUGUGUUAUUUCAUAGUUUGAUGUCUUCACUGUUAUUCUUCAAUGUAAAAAAUAAAGAAAAACCCUUGAAUGAGUAGGUGUAUCCAAACCUUUGUCUGGUACUGUAUGUGGGAUGUUUCUUAUGAAAAAACAACAUUGUGAAAAUGGAGGGAACAAAGGCCUCAGUUGUGAAGAGAGUUUGUUGUACCUUUAAAUUAAGUCAGAGUCUGAGAAGUUGUCUAGUUAGAUUUGGUGUAUUCCAUAUAUUUCAGUGUCUCUCUAAGGUCUGAUAGAUGUCAAUCAGUCUGUUAAUAUGGGGACUGUUGUGGUGUUGACUUUGAAGUGCCUGUUAGACGAGGUCAGCGUGCACCAAACCGCACUUCAGAACAACAACCCCAGACCUUUUCAACGGACACCAUUGUUCAUGUAAUCAUUUUAGACACAAGGGAGAUAUAACCUGUACUCUAUAGCACAUCAUUCUGAAGUAACACGCCAUCACCAACUCUGACAAGCAGAGAGAGAGAGCGAAUGGUUUACUUUCUUUUGAUACCAAGGAACUUUUUUCAGAGAAGUAAAUUAUUUGUAUUUGUUUUUUUAUAAAUGUUUAUAUAUAUAUAUAUAUAUAUAGAUGUUUUUUUUUCUCUCGGAUUGCAAUGGUGCUGGACUAAUAGUGCAGAUUCUGUUAUUUUAAAAAGUGCUUUUUACAAUGCUUUUAUGUAAGCGAAAUGACUCAGCUUUGCUAUAUUGGCACAUAGUAUUCUUUUUAAAUGGCUAUUGGUUAGGAGUCAGUCCCUGGCAGGUGCCUUAAUGAUGAGCAUGUCACUGUCGUAAAAACGGAUUUGGCCGCUACCCGAGAGCCUCACUGAUCAUGUAACAGGCACAUACACACACCACUCUCUCUCGCUCUCUCAGUCUCUCUCACUCUCUCUUUCCCUCCCUAGAAGCUGAGUUAGCAUGGGCAGUCAGCAGGCUCUUUUGUGUGUUUCUUCUUGUUGUAAGAAGGAAAUGAUGACUCGUCUCUUUAAAUAGGGAAUUACAGUAGUAGGUCUCUCAAAGUCUUUAAAUGUACUUGUGGUUCAAACCCACAAUUUCUCACAGGCCCAGCCAUCCAACCACUGACAAGCUUGAUUCCAGUCCACACAGACAGACUUAACUGGUCUGGUUCCUCCUGCCUUUGAUAAAAGCUGCUGCCAUACCCGUUCCGCUACCUCCCUGGCCUCCUCUGCCCUUUGACCUGGAAGAACUAAAUGCAAGGCUGUCACUUGUACCUACCUACCUGCCCGAGGCCCACCAUGUUUGUUGUGUUGUCAGUAAGAAGGUCACUAGAGUGCCUUUCUAAAAUAAACAUUUCUUGGUGAGCAGCAGCCGUUAGCAAAACAAAGUGUUAUACAGUAUCCAAAACCACUUGGCUGUUCUACGUUCCUAAAACAAGUAACUGAGCACAUGAAUGGAAGUCAAGUCAUAAUUAUGUACAUUUUAAAAGGGAACUGAAAAUAUGAUGAUAUGCGUCUUCUUAAUACACUUCGGGUUUUAUGUUUACAGUAAAGGUCUUUCCUAUUGUUUUUUAAAUAGUUUCGGUCUAAUAUAGCCUUUCUACCUGUCUGUCAAGUACAUAUGUUAGGCUCCUCUUCCUCAGGUAACAGUAGCUGGUCCCACAGCAGGUAGCCAAUGACAGGAGAGAGUCUUGGUUCAGUUUAAAGCAACGGUCCAAUCAGAGAGAGAGAUACUGCUAGGCAUGAGAGAGCAAUGCCACUGUACCAUGUCAUUGUUCAUCUAUCCUUAAGCAAACUGCAUGAUGUCACCUCCCCAUCCACAAUGCCUAGCAAUAUGUACACGAAUUCUUAGCUUACGCUGUUAAUAAUAUUAGCUAAAUUAUUACUGAAAUAUUGCCUGUAUAUUCACUUUGUAUAUUUCCUUUCUUUCUAAUACACUGACUCUUGGGCAAAAAGAGAAUGCAAUGACUGAAAAUGAAACAAAAAAAUCAUUGCUUGUAUUGUUACUUGAAAAGGAUACAUCAACAUUAUUUGUACUCUUUCUAUCCUUGCAUAGAGAAUAAAGCUGAAUGUCUACUGUAGCUAUGAGCUGACUGUUGAAGUAUGUAGCUCUCUCCCUUUCUACAGACACUGUCUUUGUACAUAGACUCAUUUUAAAAAAGAAAGUAAAAGAAAGAUAAGAAAUGGAACAGGAUUUAGAUUUUUAGGGGGUUGUUCUUUUCCAACCAUGUACCCUGUUCAGCUGAGAUCUCAUUUCCUUCUGUUUGUCAUAUAGACCACAAAUAAAUGUUUGUUGAAAAUAAAGAAUCUAUUCUCUCA